CCGCGCCGUGUCCCCGCAGUCCCCGGCAGCACCACGGUGCUGGUGGAGCUGACGCCCGACAUCCACAUCUGCGGCAUCUGCAAGCAGCAGUUCAACAACCUGGACGCCUUCGUGGGGCACAAGCAGAGCGGCUGCCAGCUCACCAGUGCCACGGCCGGCGCCACCAGCACCGUCCAGUUCGUGUCCGAGGAGACCGUGCCCAGCACACAGGCUCAGAGCACGAGCAGGACCAUCGCCUCCGAGACACAGACCAUCACAGUUUCUGCCCCAGAGUUUGUUUUUGAGCAUGGCUACCAAACCUACCUGCCCAGUGAGAGCACAGAGCCUCCAGCUGCUGCUGUCGUCUCCACACCACCAAAAGCAAGGUCCAAGAAACCCUCCUCCUCAGUGCCCCUGAAGAAACUCAGCUGCCUGUACCCAGGGUGCCAGUUCAAGACUUCCUAUGGUAUGAAGGAUCUGGAACGUCAUCGGCGAACACACACAGGAGACAAGCCCCACAAGUGCGAGGUGUGCAGCAAGUGCUUCAGCCGCAAGGACAAGCUGAAGAUGCACAUGCGCUCGCACACGGGCGUGAAGCCCUACAAGUGCAAGCACUGCGAGUACGCGGCGGCCGACAGCAGCAGCCUCAACAAGCACCAGCGCAUCCACUCCAACGAGCGCCCCUUCAAGUGCCAGAUCUGCCCCUACGCCAGCCGCAACUCCAGCCAGCUCACCGUGCACCUGCGCUCGCACACAGCCUGCGAGUACGCGGCGGCCGACAGCAGCAGCCUCAACAAGCACCAGCGCAUCCACUCCAACGAGCGCCCCUUCAAGUGCCAGAUCUGCCCCUACGCCAGCCGCAACUCCAGCCAGCUCACCGUGCACCUGCGCUCGCACACAGGAGAUGCCCCUUUCCAGUGCCAGCUGUGCCCCGCCAAGUUCAAGAUCAACUCGGACCUGAAGCGGCACCUGCGGGUGCACUCGGGGGAGAAGCCCUACAAGUGCGAGUUCUGCGAGGUGCGCUGCGCCAUGAAGGGCAACCUGAAAUCCCACGUGCGCAUCAAGCACAGCAUGGAGAACACCCUCAAGUGCCCCGAGUGCGACUUCCAGUGCGGCAACAAGACCAGCCUGAGGCACCACAUCCGCAGCCACCAGCCCGAGCAGCCCGUCAAGUGCUCCGAGUGCAGCUACUCGUGCUCCAGCAAGGCGGCCCUCAAGGUGCACGAGCGCAUCCACGGCAAGGAGCGCCCCUUCAAGUGUGACUUCUGCACCUUCGACACCAAGCAGCGCAGCAACCUCACCACCCACGUCCGCAAGGCCCAUGGCGACAAGGCCAAGGGCAGGAAGCACUCGCUGGACAAGAAGGAAGGAGAGAGGCCGAAGCAGGGCGGCUCCAGGCAGGUUGCCAAGCUGGAUGCCAAGAAGGCCUUUAAGUGUGACCUGUGCGACGCGUCCUUCGUGCGGGAGGACUCCCUGCGCAGCCACAAGAAGCAGCACAGCCUGUACAACGGCUCCAAGGGCGGCGAGCUGGCCGUGCUGCAGCUCCAGAUGGAUCCCGGCCGCCAGCCCAGCGCCCCCAUCACCGUCAGCCACCUCCAGGUGCCGCUUCAGGCCGCUCAGGUGGCCCCGUACAACGAGGGCAGAGUCAAGAUCAUCGUGGGCCACCAGGUGCCUCAGGCCAACAGCAUCGUCCAGGCCGCCUCUGUGAACGUGGUGCCCCCGGGGCUGCUGGGCACGGGGCAGGAGGAGGUGCUGGGCAGCGGCCGCCUGCAGCUGCUGGGCCAGGUCAGCGUGCUGGCCCCGGCCCCGGUGGCCGCGGGGGACGCGGGGCCCGUGGCGGAGCCGGCCGUGCUGCUGAGCGCCCAGGAGCAGGGCGAGGGCAGCGCCCUGCACCAGGCCCUGCUCCCCGGGGCUGCCCCCGGGCACGAGCCCCCCGCCAGCCAGGCCUUCAUCACCAGCUCCGGCAUCAGCUGCUCCGACCUGGAGGGGCUCAACGCCCUCAUCCAGGAGGGGGCCACGGAGGUGACCGUGGUCAGUGACGGCGGGCAGAGCAUCACCGUGUCCACGGCUGCUCCUCCUCCCCCCAUCUUCUCGUCCUCCUCCCACACGGAGGGCCCCAAGCAGAGCUAUUCCAUCAUCCAGAGUGGGGCUCACACGGCACUGCUGUGUCCCGCAGACUCCAUCCCCGAUUACACUGCUCUCUCCUGGGGCACUGCUGAGCCUGCCAGGAACGCGCAGCACACAGCUGAACUCAGGAUUUGUCCUCCAGGGCACCUUCCACUUCCUCACUGUGUUUGUACACUGAAGUAUCUUGUGUGUGAGGAGGAGGAGGUGUUUGUAUUUCUGUGCCUGUGCUGCAGUCAGAGGCCCUGCUCCUUGGAAAGCAGCUGUUGCCAGUGUCCCCAAGCAGUGACACCCCCAGUCUGGCUCCUGGACUGUGCUGCCUGA